CAUCCGGCCUCCAGGUUACGGUGAUGACACACGGCCUUUAGAUAUUGCGGCUACGAUUUUCUAAUACUCUUUGCUGUAACUAGACCCAACGGCAGCCAUGGGUAUCGACUUCACAGUCUUUAAAGGAUCCCCGAGCGGAGAUAUCGUCCAGGCCACGGGCCAUCGUGAUCCGGGUCCUACCGAGGUCAUCAUCAAGAUCUCGCACUGCGGGGUCCGCUUUACUGAUGAGCAUUAUCGCCACGCUGAUAAAGGUCUUGGCCACGAGGGUGUUGGCACAAUCAUUGAGGUUGGCUCCGCUGUCCAUGAGACCUCGGAUUUCCGCGUUGGUGACCGAGUGGGAAUGGGCUGGUAUUACAAGUUCUGCGGCCACUGCCGAGCUUGCUUGACAGGUCGCCAGACACAAUGCGCCGCCAAGGCUUCGUUCGCCAACUCCAACGCGGACCAAGGCGGUUUUGGGACUGCAGUCGCCUGGGAUGUGUCGGCUCUCUUUAAGCUCCCUGAAAACCUCGGCUCUGAAUAUGCUGGGCCGCUGAUGUGCAGUGGUGCUACCGUAUGGAGGCCUCUAUAUGACUCUGGUGCCAAGGCCGGCGACCGCGUCGGCGUCAUCGGCGUGGGUGGGCUUGGACACCUGGCAAUCCAGUUCGCCUCCAAGAUGGGCAUGGAGGUGGUGGUUUUCUCGAGCACUGAGUCCAAGAAACAAGAUGCGCUAGAGUUCGGAGCAUCCGAAUUCCAUGUCACCACCGGAGUGACCAAAUUCGACGGCAUUGCCAAGCUAGACUUCCUCCUGCUCACAGCAAACGAUGUCCCGGAUAUCUCUAUUUACCUUCCCAUCCUAGCAUCCGGGGCACAGCUGUUUCCACUCACCGCCAGCAGCAAAACUCUGCCACUUUCUCCCUUUUCGUUUAUCUCAGGCGAGCUCAGAGUCAUUGGAUGUAACGUUGCUCCGCCAGCUAGCCUUCGAGCUAUGCUGGAAUUUGCUGCAAAGCAUGAUAUCAAGCCUCAGAUAGAGAAGUUUCCGUUGACGCAGGCCGGCAUCACCUCGGCUAUGGUGAAGCUGAGGAAUGGCAAGAUGAGAUACCGAGGUGUUCUGGUUGCAUAGGGUCGACAUUGAUGCUCCUGAUAGCUUGACAUUUCUCAAAAAUCUAGUUAGGUACUUGGCUAGAGAAUGUUUGUCUAACUGGGCCUGGGUUUUUUCCUUAAAAGGUUCCCAGCGGCCGGGAGGUAAACAUAUGGUUGUACGUAACGUAGAAAGGUAUAAGAAGACAAAUAGGCCGCUUGAACAGGAAAAUGCAACACACGUUCUUUUUCUUUCUUUCUUUUCUCUUUCUCGGAUAAUAAAAAAAGAAAGAAAGAGGAGGGUGUGGCCAUCAGCUGUGCUAUAUAAACGCUGGAUUUCACAGCAGUCAUCAAAGAGGAAUAUCCACAAUAUAGGAUAUUGCCCUGGAUUGCAUGUGCCUGAAAAUGCCUCCGUGAUGUAAGACCGCUAUUGGGAAUUUUUACUGCUUUGUUUCUGGUAGCAGUGACU